AUGCACGAAGAUCAGCUGGGAAGCGUGGGUAGCUCCAGCAACCGCUACGACCCCAUGUCGGCCGCCCCUGCCGCCGCCCCGUCCUCGGAUGCGGCCACUGCCAUCGACGUCGAUGCCGACGGCGACGACUACGCCGCGGCCAACUCGCAGCUGCCCGAUGCCGACGAGGGUGCUGCCGAUGCCGCAGGACCGAUCGCCGACGGCGGCGAGGGCGCAGCAGAGGGCGAGGAGGAAGAGGAAGAGUACGAGAUCGAGAGCAUCCUCAGCCACGAGGUCGGCCGCUUCGUCGAGGGCGAGAUGGCGUAUCUCGUAUCCUGGAAGGACUACGGCGAGGAGCACAACUCGUGGGUGCGCGAGGCCGAUGCCGAGGGCGCCCAGGACAUGAUCAACGAGUACUGGGCAAAGACUCCGCGCAAGGAGAUAAAAAAGGCAGGCCCCACGCCCAAGAGCCGCAAGAAGGGCGGCAAGACGCAAAAGACCCAGUCGUCGCUGCUCGCCUCCAACGCCGUCUCGAGCCCCUCGGCGGCCACGUCCAAGAAGCGCGCGCGGGAGAGCGUCGUCGGCACCCUCACACGCACCCGCGGCUCCCAGGGCAUGCCCGCUCCGCCCGCCCCGUCCACGUCCAUCCACCGCCCCGCCGUCCGCGGCGCCGAGGAGCUGCCCUCGCGCUCUCCAUCCCCGUACGAGGCGGACGAGAUGAUCGACGCGGUACUCGAGGAGAUUGCCAACGACGACAGCCUCACGCCCGCCGACAAGGUCAAGCUGAAGAGGGAGCACAUGCGCCAGGUCAAGCUCGAGUACAUGAAGAGAAAGUACGGCCGCAUUGGUGACUGGGAGCCCAUCGUGAGGCACAUUACGGGCAUCGAGAACAUCGGAGGCAAGCUCUGGGCCUACAUGGACUUCAUAUCCGGGGACCAGCUCGGCUUUCCCGUGCAGGUGGUAGAGGAGCGCUGCCCGAGGGUGCUCUGCAGGUUCCUGCUCUCCCAUGUCCGCUUCAAGACGACCGACGGCAUAGUCGAGUACCUUGCCCCGACGCCCGAACCGUCUUCGGCGGCGCCUGCGGCAGCGUCUGCUGCACCCAGCAGCAGCGUCGGAGACGGUGUCAACGGCGAGAGCGCAGCACGUGGCGGAAAGAGCCCAAGCGCAGAAAGAGAGCCCAAGCCAGUCGCAGAAGGAGAAUCCGAGGCAGCAGCAGCAGCAGCAGCCAAGGCAACGGAUGGAGCGCCGACCGGCGAUGGGAACGCCGCUCCUGAGACGGCGCCAGUCAACGGGACCGGUGGCGAGGCUGCAGCGGCGGUCCCGCCGGAAGCUGCCGCGACAACGGCGACGGCAACGUCGGCGCCGGAAGGCCUUGGGGCGCCGGAUGGGGCGCCGGAUGACGUCGAGAUGUACGACGGCGAUGCGUCCAUCGUCGCUGAACCCCCUGCCUCGGCGAUCUUCGCCACCGCGCCUGCCAGCGAACCCGCCACAUCCGCCAUCCCGUCGUCUUCGAUGACGCUCGCGGGCCCCGAGUCGGCCCAGACGGCCGCUGCCGCCGUUGUUGCCGCCGAGACAGCCGAGGUCGCGGCCGAAGUGGCAGAAGACGCCGCCGAGAUGGCCAAUGGCGCAUCGCUCGCCGCCAGCGCCUUUGCGCCCGCCGCCUUUGGAGAGUCGUCUUCCUCGUCUGAUACGAUCCAGUCGUAG